UCUUGUUUUGUUUCUUGAGUUUGCAAAUCCCCUACAGCAAGAUUCAGACUUUGCUUAGAAUGUCGGCCUGUGCUCAGACAAUCUACAUAGUUAGGCAUGGUGAGCGCCUAGACUUCGUGGAUAGACUUUGGAGAAGAAGCAAUCCAGAACGAUCGUACGACCCACCGUUGACGGAUAAAGGUCUACUACAAGCGAAGGCAGUAGGGCAAGAAAUUAAAAGUAAAACGUUGGAUAUAAAACAUGUAAUUUCGUCUCCAUUUUCUCGCUGUCUACAAACAGCCAUGUGUAUUAGCGAGACACUUGGAAGUCAAUCUGUGGGAAUUAGUAACGGACUGUGUGAGGUGAUGAAUCCUAACUGCUACGUAACACGGCGUGUAAUCCUUCCAACCCCACAGUUGGAAUCAUUAAACGUGACGCUCGACGAUUCGGGCAUCGAUUGUCCUCUGCCACACUUUCCAGAACAAUUUAGAGAUGCAUUUCACAGAUAUGCAUCAGCGUUUGAGGCUGCAGCUGAUAAACAUUGGCCUCACAAUCUGGUGCUCGUAACUCACGGUUAUGGAGUCCAGAGAGCACUCAACUUAGGCUUGUCUACUGUGGCUGCUUUCCAAGUUGAGUACUGUGGCUACGUCGUUUUGGAAAGGGAAAGCAAGAGACCUCAAUGGAAAUUAGGAGAAAGUGUAGGAGCCUCGUAAGAACAAGAAGGCCUUUUGGGUAGUUGAUAUCAAUUAAUUUAGAUUGCUCAUGAGUUAUUGUAUAUGAAUAAUUAGUGAGUUAGGCUGGCGUCAAAUCUAAUAUUCUAAUG